GUGUGUGGUUUUGCGGAUUGGGAGGAAUGGGGAAAACGAGUGUCGCUGAUGAAGUUUGUAGAAGGCUGUUGGGAGAAACAUCACAUUGGAGAAUCUACAAAGUAGAAUUAAGAGAACAGAAACAAGUGCGGGAUCUCGUAAGAAGUACACUUACGCUGAUUGGUGAGUUGUUAAUGACGUCGUAUAGAGGAGAAUUAUCAGAUGUAGACUUAGAGUACACAAGCACAUUAAAUGAGGAGGACCAUUUUGAAGAUAUCAAUCAAGACUCAUGGAGACAACGUUUGAUUCAAAAAUGUUGUGAAAGCUCUGAUCACAAUAAACUGAUUCUUUUCGACAAUAUGGAUGACAUUUUAAAGUUCAAUGAGGAAGAAUUAUUAAACUUUUUAAAGAAAUUGGUAAAUAUGCUUAUUGAAGCCGAGAAGGAUGAAAUGCAUCAAGGGAAGGUUUGUAAUAACUUCUCGUCAAAGUCUCUCCACCCGAAAUCACAUAUUCUUCGAGAGGUUUUCGUUGAAAUUAAAGUUAAGGGGCUUUCGGAGGAACAAGCGAUGACACUUUUCAAGAAAGAGUUGACCACACAAAAUAUACAAUGUAAUGAGAAGGAUUUAAAGAAGAUAGCAUCAUUCUGUUCGUACUGUCCAUUGGCUAUACUUUCUCUAAGCAGAGUAUUAGAUGACAUUUCUCCAAGUCUACUUAUAGAAACCUUUUUGCUGAACACCAGUUCAACGAUUCUGAAUGAUAUCAUGGGAAUAGAAACUUGUCUACAGCAUUCUUUCUCCGUGCUGGAUAAAUCGGACAAACAAGCUAAAAGAACGUGUACCUUGAUGCAACUGUCUGUUUUUCGAACAAUAAAAUUUGAUAUCGAGGCUGCAAUGUUUGUUUGUGGAAGAACAAGUGUAGGUCAAGCAAACUUGGGACUUGAGAUCGGCUAUCUGAAACGAUAUAAUUUCCUAGAAUCCACCGACGAAAACUUAUUUCAGCAAGAACCAAUUGAUAGAGAUAUAAAAGGGCAUCAACAAAAAGCAUGUUCAUCAAAAUGUUAUUACAUUCAUCCAUUAGUUUUUCAAUUCCUAAAAUCAAAAGAGAAACAAUAUCAAAGCCUUAUUAACAAGGCAAAGGAAAGAUAUGUCGAAUAUAUACAUAAAAUGAUCCAAAAAACGGCAAAAAUGACUUCUGUUGAAUCACUGAAAACCAUUGCCAAGUACGAAGCGCAUUUUCAAACUUUCUAUGAAUAUGUUAUGCAUUUGCAUACAAACCCUAGACCUACUUUUGUCGAUCUUCCCAGUUCAUUAAGUGUUAUAAACACUGAAUGGAUAACAGAUUUAGUUUUGGACACAACUCGUAGAUGUCAAUAUUUCAAAACUAUGGUUUCUGGUGCUGAAGAAGAAGGCAAUAUGUUAGACCUUGUAUAUUAUAAAUCUUGCCUGGCAAAACUUUAUUUUGAUAAUGAUAGACUAGAGAGAUGCAGUAACAUUUUGAACGAAAUUGAUUCUAUAAUAAAUAAAGAUAAACAACUCUCAAAAGUAGUUUACGAUUUAAAUCAUGACAAAAAGAUCAGAGACUAUCCUUCAGCAUUGAUUCUGGGUGAUUUUUGGACAAUGCAGGCACGAUAUCUAAGCAUGCUUGAAAAUUAUGGUGAAGCUAGACAGUACCUGAAAAAGGCAUUAUCUGCAAUGCAUAAAAAGGAUAGAGAUUGUUGGUCACAAAUUGCAACCAUUUACAAUUUAAUGGGAGUUAUUGCCUUUAAAUCCAAAGAAUAUAGAACUGCAAGAGACUGCCACUUUAAAGCUCUUACCUUAGUGGUGAAAGAACAUGAUGAUUACAUCGAUAAAGACACUUUCCUGACAAACAUAGGAAGUGCAUUCUUUCAAGAGUGGAAUAAAGAGCGACUAAAUGAGGAUGCAUUACAAGAAGCAGAAAAUUACUUCAACAAGGCUCUCUCGUUGGAUACAGCAAGAGCAGAAAAAAGAGCCAGACUGCUCAGAAUGAGGGGGACUCUUUAUCGUGUACAAGAAAAAUUUGAUGCUUCGGAAAAAGAUUUACAAGAAAGUUUGAAUAUAUGGAAACAAUAUGUACAUCCACCCCACAUAAAUCUGAUAUCAUCCUACCAUGGAAUAAGUUUCCUGUUUGUCUCGAGGGCAACAAGCUUGUUAAAGAUAGGGGACCCUUCAAAAGAGGCUGCAGGUUUCCAUAGAAAAGCUUAUUUAAACUACGGAGUGAUUAGAACACAGAUAGAGCAGGGGGGAUUUACCAACUGGCAGAACAAGAAAGUCCUUUAUGAUCAAAUUAAGAAGACUCACAAAACAGUUUUAAAACGAUUAAAUAAGGAUGAGAGGGAAGUAGAACAAGUUAAUAAGUUUUAUCAGGAUUUUGAAGCUGGAAAAUUUAACAAGAAAAUUUUCCGUCAUCAAAGUUUGGACCUAGACAUACAAUCAAUGUCUACUAAUCAAAACGUGGAGUCGGAAAAUGAGGACUCGCCAUCAUCUGAAUCUGAAGCGUCCUCUGACAUCAUAACAUCCGACGAAGAAAUCUCAGUUACCCAAAAGUGUGAUGAUAAAACGGGGAGAUUUAAUGAAAACACAGACAUUUCUAAUAUAUAUGUUGCAACAUCUGGUGAAACAAAAAAUGACACAGGUACACAAAAGCCUGAAAGCGGAAUUCACAGCGGUUCCGUAGACAGUGGCUAUGGAGAUUCCAUCUCAAGUUGCUCCUCGGUGUCAGAGUCUAAUUCCAAACCGAGGCUGGUGUCCAUACCUUCAGGUUCAAUGGAGGAAGAUGUUUUCUCUUCUUCUGAAAAAAGUGCAUUGAACCAUUUAAACUCUCCUUGGAAGAGGAAAUUUUGUAACAGACAGAAUUUAUGUUCUUUAAAGAGACAAAAAAGUUUUGACGAUGAUUUCCAAUACAUGGGUCCCAAUAAUGUAUAUUAGUUGUACUCUCAAAAUAUGCUUUUGGGUGGAAUAUGUUCCAAAACUUUCUAAAUAUAUUCAUGUAGUUAAUUGGUU